AUGGCGUUCCUUUACCUCCAAGCCCUAACCCUAACCCUAACCCUAAUGUCUCUCCUCAUCGUCCUCUCCACGGCCACCAGCAGCAUUCCCGAUGUCUUCACCACCGGGCCAUGGCAAUCAGCGCACGCCACCUUCUACGGCGGCAACGACGCGUCCGGCACAAUGGGAGGAGCGUGUGGAUAUGGGAACCUUUAUAGCCAGGGGUACGGCGUGGAGACGGCGGCGCUGAGCACGGCGUUGUUCAACGAGGGGUUUAGCUGUGGCGCUUGUUUUGAGAUCAAGUGCGUCGAUGAUCCUCGGUGGUGCCGUGGUGGGAAUCCCUCGAUUUUCAUCACUGCUACCAAUUUCUGCCCGCCUAAUUACGCCCUUCCUUCUGAUGAUGGUGGUUGGUGCAAUCCUCCCCGGCCUCACUUCGAUCUCGCCAUGCCGAUGUUCCUCAAGAUCGCUGAGUAUCGCGCCGGAAUCGUCCCCGUCUCUUACCGCCGGGUGCCAUGCAAGAAGGAAGGAGGCAUAAGGUUCACUAUAAACGGAUUCAAGUACUUCAAUCUGGUUCUAGUAACAAACGUAGCCGGUGCCGGAGACAUAAGUCAGGUCAGUGUGAAAGGAUCAAGCACUGGUUGGAUGCCAUUGUCGCGAAACUGGGGCCAAAACUGGCAAUCCGAUACCGUGCUCGUCGGUCAAUCUCUCUCUUUUCGAGUCACUGGCAGUGAUCACCGCACCUUAACAUCCUGGAACAUCAUCCCUUCUGAUUGGCAAUUUGGUCAGACAUUCUCCGGCGACAAUUUCAAGUUACAAUGACAUGCUUAGAAAUAGAGGCAGUUAACAGGGCAACAAAUAGCGGAAUUCAGCGUCGUAAGGCUGUAUUUCCACUGAUUUUAUCAAUGAGGCCUUUGUAUUUCCAUUGAGGCACUCCAUUACCGAA